UGAGUGUAUAAGUAUGUAUUUAAUUUAGCCUUUUUGUUUUUAAAGAUUUGAAGAUAUAUAGGACUUUUUUUUUUUCUGAAUUACAUCUCCAUCCAGUUGAUGGCGGUAAUACACAUAGUCUGUAAACUACCAUAAAGCACAAUAGAAGAAGAAAAAGAAGGAAAUUUAGCUGUUUUGGGCGUGUUGCUGUGAAAGCUUUUCAGGUCUUACUGGACAUAUUUUUAGGUCAAAAUGUGCAACGGUUGUGUGCAUAAAGAGUAUCCAGACCGGGGUAACACUUGUCUGGAGAACGGCUCUUACCUGAUGAACUAUCUGGGCUGUGCGAGCUGUCAUCAGAGAGACUUCGUGUUGAUCAGCAACAAGGCCACCGAGGAUGAAGAUGGGGAGGAACUCGUCACAUAUGACCAUGUUUGCAAAAACUGCGACCACGUUAUCGCCAGACACGAGUACACCUUCUCCGUUGUAGACGAAUAUCAGGAGUACACCAUGCUCUGCAUGCUGUGUGGAAAGGCAGAGGACUCCAUCAGCGUGUUGCCAGAUGACCCCAGACAGUCUGCACCUCUCUUCUAAACCGCAUGACAAACCUUAAAGGUUAUCAACAUGGAUCUGACACUGGUCGCCCUUGAAGUGCUACAACCAUCGAAUAUUCAAAGGGUUUAGAUCUCUCCCUGCACAAGAGUUUGCUGCUUGCUUUUAACGUAUUUUGAUAUGCUCUUUGUUACAUUGGCAGUUGAGCAGAACAGUCAUUUUUUAACAAUUUUAUCAAGGACCAAAAUCAUCUAUAUUUUACUUGAUUGACUGUUAAUACGAUUUUUGUACUGUUUCACCAGAUUGGUGUAAAGCCCAAAUAUAUCUGCUGUUUACUUUUCCUCAAAAGAUUUGGUUUUGGAUAUAUUUGAUUCUAAGGAAAACUGGAUUUUGUAUUUGCCAAAGUUAUCCUAGAUAUUAACGCUUGGUUAACUAUGAGCAACUUGCUAAAACAGAACAUUUCUGAUGGGGUAGGAAUACUUUUUACAGUGUAUUCCAAGGUGCUCCUCUAUAAAUAAAUAUAUCAGUUAAGUUUAAUACAAAACGCAAAUAUUAUAUAUUCAAAGCAUCUAAUCCUCUUCUAUCUUUUUGCCUUCUUUCCAGAUGUGUACAUUUUGCAUGUUUGUAAAUCACGGCUCUGGAUGGUAAAGGCAGAGCCUCAGUAGAGCUGCUAUCUUCCCUCUGGUAUCACAGCUCGACAUAUUUUAGUAGGCAAACAUUUCUGCACUCAAAAUCUUUUAUGAUCCUUCAGUAAUAUUUUAUAUUUCUAACUAAAAGCCUUGUUGUGAGUUUCUGAAGCUAUAAAUUAUAGUAAAAGUGAAAAGAAAAAAUAAAAUAAACAACUUUGCGUUCCAAAUCUAUAAAUGUGUCUAACUUUUUCAGCUGAAUUACUGGAAUAAUUUAUUGAUAUUCUAAGUGAUUUUUCUUUAUAAAGCCACUGUGGUUUAAUUUUUAAAUAUUUUCAAUAAUUUACCAUAAAAAUAAAGGGGAAAAAGCUGCUGGUGUCUUGACAGAGGUAGCUUUGAAUCCAGCAGGAAAUAAAGGUUUCAGGAUUAUCCUGUUUAUGCAUGAAAGCAAAUGUUCUUAAACCCUUAUAUGAUUUUUCCAUCCCAUCAAACAGAUAAUUUUAGUCGAUGCAUUUAAAAAAAAAAAAUUGUGAAUUUUCCCUUUUGAUGCCUUCUAUAAAUGGGGGGAACAAAAAAUGGAUUUAUCAGUAUUUGAGCUUCUUAUCAAUGAUCAACAGGAAAACUAAGAUUUUCAAUUAUUUUAACUGAAUAUUAUAAUAAAAUGUCAUUAAAAUUUCAGACUCCAAUCUUAGCAAUUCACAUUACAUUAUAU